AUGACGAUAAAAAACAUCUUCAAAUCUGGCCCCAUGAGCGACAGCGAUACCAGCGAAAACAUGGUCAGCGGCGACAACGAUCUGAGGGUAAUUCUGYACCCAUUACUGAAGUCAAUGAGAUAUUAUGGGUUGUUGUAUGACGAGAUGAAUGGAUUGGGUACGACAAGAUUAASAACCAUAUCCCCAACAAAAGGUGAUGAAGAACCGAGGUUUUCUGAGAAUCGUAAACAAUGUCAGGUUAAGUUUUGGCUCCUCUUUUGUAUCUCGACAACAAUGGCUUUAGCAAGUGCUUGUGGUUAUUGCUUCAGAGGUAUAAUAUUAGCAAAGAYACACCUUGAAAUACUCACUCGCAUUAUGAUAUUUGCCUGGGUUUUYCUCUGCGCAUGUCAACAAGUAAUAUGCCUGCUGACCAUAUCAAGGCGAACGCCGUCAAAUCCGCUGUCUAAAUUCGAUAGGCUCGUCAGAGAGUUCGCAAAAACACAAAAUUCCAAAAAAGGCACCAAGGUUGUUCGUACUGUCACCAUGYUUGGUUGGGGUGGAAUGUUUAUCAGCGUUGCCAUAGUGAUACUAGGAAUCUAUUAUCCCGAUGAUGCAAUCAAAACAAGCAGCAGAGACUUUUUCUUUGGACAUGAGAUACCAAACUCGAGUAAAACUAUUUUAGUUCAUCUCUACACACCACUGCAUCUUCUUCUAAGCGGCGCCUGGUGUUUCCCGACUUGUUUUUACAUCGUUCUUUGCGCUCUCGUAGCUGGAAAAUUUGAUGAUCUUUUCGAGCGAGCGUCGGAGGCGAUUUCUAAGAAGAGUUCCAAUAUGGCGGCACUUCGUCGGGAACAUGUGCAGCUUUGUCACGUGUUACGAGCGCUUGACGACUCCUUGUCUUGGCUUGCCCUGGUAGCUUUUGCCGUCUACAUCCCUCUAGUAUGUCUUGGGGUCAAUGUCUGUAUCAUGACCAUAUCACARGACUCGGUAAUCAACAUUGUUGCUUAUUUUACCUGGAUCUGCUUCAAUGCUGUGACACUGUUGAUGUUUGCUGUUUCUGGUGCACGUGUCAACACAUCGGUAAGGUUUAWUGAGAAACAGACCGUCUCCAGAAAAUCCGAACAUUCAAUGAUUUAA